UAGUUUUGAAGUAGGCGGAGACCCUCCUCUCCACUUGACCCAAUAAGCGGAAUUUGUCAGUGAUGGAAAGGGGGUGGCAGAAGUGCGGAGUGUCCAGUGAUAAACUGGGUGUCAAUUAGCGGAGAACUUUCACCGGCGAGCAGCAGCACACAGCGCAAGAGUUGUGCCUUUUGCCUGUUCAGAAGAUAAAAGAUGGAGUGGCGCCAGCAGACCAGUGUCAGCUGUGCAGACGCAUUCAGCGAGGCUCAACGCUGGAUUGAGGAAGUGACUGGAAAAUCGUUUGGUUGCAACGACUUCCGUGCUGCCUUAGAGAAUGGAGUUCUGCUUUGCGACUUGAUCAACCAGUUGAAACCUGGCAUCAUUAAGAGAGUAAACAGGCUUUCUACUCCCAUCGCUGGCCUGGAUAAUGUGAAUGUAUUCCUGAAAGCCUGUGGCAAACUGGGACUCAAUGUGUCACAACUGUUUCAUCCAGGAGACCUGCAGGACCUGUCCACUCGUGCAACACUCAGGGGAGAUGAAAGCAACAGAAGACUCAAAAAUGUUCUGAUCACAAUCUACUGGUUGGGUCGCAAAGCUCAGCUAGACGCAUUCUACAGUGGUCCUCCGCUUAACUUCAAGGCCUUUGAAGGGCUGUUAGGGUUGGCCUUGUCCAAGGCGCUAGAUGAGGGCAGUAUGUUUGUAAAAGACAGCGGGUACAAGGAGUGCUGGUACCCAGAGAGGGAGGAAUGUCUACACAUGAGACCGAGCUAUAAGAUGGCAAACUCGGUGGACAGCAUCGACUCUCUGGAAUCCCGAGCCCUCCGCCCAAACAGUGAAGGUUGUGGAAGUGACGCGGAAGCUGAGCAGGUGUUCAAGAUGGAGACUACACAGCCCCCAACCCAGCAAAACAAAGGUUAUAUCCCUCCACCACUCCUACGGAAAAAACAAGGACGGGAGGAGAAUGGAAGGGGCUGCUCUAGUCCACUCGCCAGAGCAUAUCAAAUCCAGGUCAGACCUGAGAGACCAGUUCAGGUCAACCCUGGCUGGAUUUGGAGCAAAUCACUCAGUGACAUCCCGAUGGUAUACCCUGUACGUAAAGUUCCUGACGUGAAUACCAUUUAUGAUGUGGAGAAGGACACUGGCGUGGCACGGGAGCGGAAUCAAGAAAACAAACGGAAGUGUAGUGUUGCUGCCAAGGACAGUGAAGCUCAGUGGCAGGAUGACUUGACAAAGUGGAAGAACCGUCGCAGGAGCACCAAGUCUGACCUCCGCAGGAAGUCGCAAGACAGAGAGCAUGUCAUUACCCAGAUGAUCAAUGGUGCUGUGACUAACUUUGAGAAGAAUGAAGCAGGCGGAUUGCUAAACAGAGACCAGCAGUCACCACGCAGGCAUAACCCUGCCCCCCGUCCUUACUCCACCUCUCCUCCAUCAAAGUCAUCGAACUGUGAUCUCCGGCCACGUACUCGAGCUCUGCUGGCGCGCAGCUACACCACUGAGGCACCUUUCAUCCCCACGGCUCCGCUUAGUCCCCAUAACUCAGCCAACACUCGGGGAUCAUCAGUUGGAGCCAUGCCUGCCUCUGAUGGGAACAUCUUGGGAGAGGAGACCCACUUUGCCUCCUUGGCUUCAGAUGGAGCAGGAGUUACCACACCUUCCCUGGACUACCCUUUCAGCUCCCAGACCCAAGCCAAAGCCCAGGGUAGCCCAGCUCCUUUCCAGCCCACAUCUGAACUGGCCCAGUCAGAAAAUGUUUUUACAAACCAAAUCGCCACUCUGACCACAACUGUACAGCCAAACGAGACCACAAAUUCAACCAGCACCAGGGAUCCUACGGCAUCCAUGUCGAGUCAAAAGGAACUUCCAUUCUGUGUUGAUCCAAAUUUUUGCCCUGAUGCAGUUAAUCAGGUAGGAGUUGAUGAUCUUGAGGGCCACCAGAACCACAAGUCCCAGGAAGAGAGCCACAAGACCUCUUGGGAACCAGCUGUGGAGCAAGGCAGAGGCCGGCAGGCUGCAGGCGUGUACAAGUACCUUUCCAGGACUGGGUCGUGGUCCGGCUCAGCCAGCCUUCCUCGUGGUUACCGGAGGUCCGAGGGCUCAUCCCGUCUCUCUACUGCAAUCACAGCCAGACCAUUUGGGACCAAGCAGUCCAGGGUGUCCUCACUGCCGAGACUGUGCAAUGUAGACAACAACCAGGGUCUGCUGUUGAAAAGUGAGAAAGAGGAAUCUCUUUCUCCACCCCCUGAAUCUUCGCUCAAAAGACAGACUGCGUCCGCCCAUCUGAAGGGUCAGUACCAGGCUUCAACCACACAGAAGAAAGCUAACAAGGAAAAGCAGAAUGGUACAGAACAGGGGGAGGAGGUGAAAGGUGCCACUCUUUCCAGCCAGACCUCCUUCCAGAUCACUGGCUAUCACCAUCAGCCCUACAACCAAACCCAGCUACUGCCGCAACCUUGUUCGAACCUGCAGGCCCACCACAACAUAAGCUCGAGUCUCCCCUCUAAUGUGAGCAUUGGCCGCCCAAAGGUGGAUCACAGUGACAUGAGAGUGAGCCUUACUCUUAAACCCAACAGUAGACCAGACUUUGGUUUCCAGACUCAUUGGGACUCGACAGGGGCGAGAGUCAAAAUCAUUCAACCUGGCAGUCCAGCGGAGCUUUGCCAGCUGUGUGUGGACGAUGAGAUUGUGGCUGUUAAUGGAGUUGCGGUGGCACACAUGAACUACAACCAGUGGAAGGAUAAAAUGACAUCUUCCCUGCAAACCGGCAGUCUGACCAUGGACAUUCGGCGCUAUGGCAACAAGGAUUGGAACACCAGUGAGGGGAGUCAUCACAACCAGCCAGGCCAGAGCAGGAUGACCCUCAAUUUGACUGCCUCAGCGCCCGUUCUGAUAGGUUGUCCUGAUCACCAUGCCAACAGUGGUGCCUCUACAGAGACCACAGUCAGGAAAGUGUCCAAAUUCAAUGGGCAGACAGACAAUGUUUUACAAGGUAAAGCCAUGCAUGGUGCGCUUGCUGACAACCACAGGACAGCCAGAAGUAAAGAUAAUAAUAAUAUUACUAGGAAAAAUCAGUCAAGGAGGGCAGAAUUUUUCAAACAGAAAGGCUCUGCAGGAUUCAGCUCAUGGGUUUACUUGUGUGGAGGUUCAGAAUCUGCAAUAUCUGAUCUCCAGGUGCCAUCCCUCAGCCCCUCCUCAUCCAGCUGGUCGUGGGACCGUGAGGAGGAUCGAAAGCGGCAGGAGAAGUGGCAGGAAGAACAGGAGCGCCUCCUACAGGAGCAAUACCAGCGGGAUCAGGAGAGGCUGGAGGCAGAGUGGCAGAGGGCACAACAAGAGGCAAUGGGGGAGUUAAACAGGAACUCAAGGCAAAACACCUUUGAGAUGACCAAUGGACGUGAGAGGCCUGCCAGCAUCCGGCCCCAUGUGAAUGGACUGACAAACAAAACCAGAGAAGAAGAGCAGAGUGCUGACAGAGAUGAGCGGAAGGAAGCGGGAUCAAAACCUCAAAGUAAUGCACAAGGAGUGCAGGAUGACAAGAUUACUGAACAAGCCUGGGCUGAGGAUUCCUGUGGCUUUGCUCAGCUGUCUCCUGCACACAGGGCAAAGUCCUUGUCUACCCCAGCAUUAGCUGGCCCCCACAAACAGACAAGAGGUGAUGAGAGGAAAAGAAAAGGACAAUCUGUGUCUAAGGUUGAGCAUGAAAGGCAGCAGAUUUUGGAGGAGAUGAAGAAAAGGACUCAGCUUCUGACCGACAACAGCUGGAUACGUCAGCGCAGCAGCAGUUUUUACAAGGAACAAAUCUGUGUUGGGGUUCCUCUGAAGAGGCAUGAGUCUCUGGACAACCUGGAUACUUGGCGUCAGUGCCCACUCUCGACCGCUACAUUCAGUUACCCUCGUCCACACUCAGCUGCCGCAGGUUACUGUGCUCCCAGUAGGAACUCCUCCUCCCGCUACAGCACUGGCGCAAUAUUAUCCCAGAGAUACACAUCCAUGGACCCCUCUCAUUAUGGCAGGAUGGUCAGUGGCAGGAGGACUUGCUGUGUGUGUGAGCGUGUCCUGGGUAGUGGGGCAGCCAUGGUCAUAGAGGCCCUUAGUCUCUGCUUCCACCUCGCCUGUUUCCAGUGUGUGGGCUGCCACCGACAUCUCGGAGGAACGGAGAUCGGAGUCCAGGUUCGAAUCCGAAACAGGAAGCCCUACUGUGAGCCCUGCUAUUUCCAACUCAAGUCCGCUGGUGCCCCCUCCAUGUGACCAACAUGCUGUACUCCAGAUAACAGAGUAAGCAGCCGAAUCACUGGGAAUUCCUGUUGGAUAAAACUAUGAAAACACAGUGGAAACAUUGUACAUACAGCCAAGCCAUGACUUUUGUGUUUUACAGUAAUUACUGAUAAAACUGUAAACUCUAUGAUGUGAUGUAAAAUCUUGACAAUCUGUGGAUCCACAGGCAAAGUAGACUCUUAAUGGCUGUUUUCUUUUUUAAUCAAAUAUGGUACUUUGUUUGUGUCUGCUAAUUUGUUUCCAUGAAAGUUAAUAUGAAAUAAAGUAAUGAUGGGGAAUUAUUAGUGUUUGAUUAAUGCUUUUAUUUUAAUGUUAGUGUUGCUCUUUGUCAUAUCCUUGUUAUAUUUGAUAUUUUCCAACUAGUGCAUUAAAGAUAUCAGAUAUUUCUUGUUAAUGUAACCCAUGUAUGGAGGCACGUUUUAACUUGUAAUGAAGCACUUUCUGUUCUAUUGUAAUCUCACCAAGUGCACUUUGGGAUAAAUCAGUGGUGUGUGUGUAUAACGCAUAUAUUUCUCUCAUGAAAAUGGGCAUCUUAACUGAAAUGUUUUUGUAAAUAAAGUGCACUGAACAUAA